AUGCAUAAACUCUUCUUCGCCACGGCUUGCCUCCUGGCUACGGCUAGAGUAUACGCUGCUAGCCCUGUCCAAUGUGCUAAAGGCCUGAAGAUGUUUGUGUCCCGUGGCACGGGAGAGGAGAUGGGUCUCGGCGUGUUGGGGAAUAUAACAAAGGUUAUACGUGAGAGGAUCCCCGGCUCGGACGACGAGGCUAUCACGUACCCUGCGUCGAGUGUGGAUCCGAACUAUAUGAUUUCCGUGGGCAAUGGGACGUUGCUGCUGAAGGAAGCCCUCACGGAAUACGCCCAGGCGUGCCCAGAGUCCAAAAUUGCGGGCGCUCAGAUUGUUUCGAACAGUUUUUGUGGAACACUGCCUUUCUGGACCAUCACCGACAUGGACAAUAUCAACAUGGAGGAUAUCAUGAAGAGAGAGCCUCCGCUCUCGAAAGAGGUGACCAAGAACGUCAUUUCGGUCGUGCUUUUCGGCGAUACUACACGCGCUGCGAGACCGUCCUAUAAUUACGGCACAUGGAACAACACAGGGAAUGGGCUAUUCUACCGCGACGACGUCACACCAUAUGUGGAGCUAGGAAAGCGCGUUCGAUCCUAUUGCGACGCAGGUGAUCCGUUCUGUGACGCGGGAUAUUAUCUGAAUGUCAACGCGCACCUGGAGUAUGUUCAAAAAUAUGGUGACGAGGUUAUAGACUAUGUCGUUCAGCAGUAUAGCAGCCACAGGGUCUAA